GCAUCUACAGCAUGCAUUCCAGCAGCAGCAGCAUCUACAGCAUCAGCGGAGGCAGACGCCGCUGCGCUACAUGCAGCGCUCGAACAAAGGUUUGCUGCGCUCUACAAGCUAGCGGAGCUUCCGCCUGCCAUCCAACAAACCGCAGACUGCUGGUCUCUAGGCGCGUGCCUCUUCAGCAUCGUGACGGGUGGCUUGCAUCCAUACGGCUCCACAGAGAAUCCGAAGGAAACCCUCGAAAAUAUGGAGAAAGGCGAUAUGGUCAACAUGAACCUCCUCGACAAUUCACCUCUGCUGCAGGACCUGCUCCGGCUUUUACUGCAGCAGAAGCAAGAGCCGGAGCAGUCGGUGUUGCGGCUGGCAGUCUGCCAUCCAGUGUUUUGGGCUUCUUCGGAUUUGCUGCUCUUCCUGCGCGCCUUUAGACUGAUGCUGUUGCAGCAGCAGAAGCAGCAGCGGCCGGGAGAAACGAGGCGGCAGAAGAUCUCGUCUCUGACGGGGGAGGCGGCGUGGAAGGACGCAUGCAUUCACGACAUGAGCAACAGCAGCUCUAGACCCGAAGAUCUGCAGUCUGGGGGCUUGGGGGAUUCGGAUAACCCGCUUUCCAAUGAAGCUACAGAUGCAGACGCAUCCACUGCGAAUAAGGACCAGUUGUAUGCCGCCGCCUUAGCCAAAUUGAGCGCUACUCCGCUCCCGCAAGACGUGCUUGCAUCGAUCAGACAAGAGCCGCAUCUUUGCCGCACAGGACAAGACCUUUACCCCCACCACAAAGCGACACUGAAAAAAACUGCUGCCCCACCCUGGUUGCAGUGUAUGUGUGCAUGUGUUUGUGCAUGUGAAUGCGGAGGCCCCAUCGUGUCCACACCGUAUGCGUGGCUGUGUGUGCAGCUUUUUGUUGAACGACAUUCAUCGCUACCAGCAGCAGAAACCGUUGAAGUGGCAGGCAGCGCCGCAACGUGCGCAGACGAAGUACCACCCAACAAAGCGGUCCAUGUGACACCCGACUCGGUAGCUCUUGCAUGCAGCAGCGGCAGCAGCAACAGCACUGACAGCACCUUGAGGGGCAACGAAGUCAGCAGCCCCAUUGCAACGGCGGAUAGUGGGACCUGUCUUGUGGCAGCCUUGGAAGCUGCUGCAGCUUCCGCUUCUGCAGCUGCAGAUACAGCCACCGAUACGGAGGGAACGCCAAUGGCGGAUCUGCCGGACGCCCCACUUUCCUGA